UUGUGUGUGUAGGCGGCUGUGGGAGACGCGGCUAUGUCACAGGACGGCAUAACAGAGCUACUGCACGCUGCUCAAUACAUUGAGCAGCAGGAAAACCUCAAGCGAUUACAGCUAACAGUGAACGGCGGGGACGACGUUGCCAUCAGUCUUGGCGGGCAUUUCAUCAAUGGCAAUGGCUACAGCAGCAAAAGCACUGCUCACAACAACAACAACAGCGCAAGCCAACUCAACAGAAACAACACGCCAACAGCAGCAGCAGCAGCAAUUACAACAACAACACCCGCCAUCGUAAACAGCCAUAAUGGACUGACUAACGGCACCGCUGCAGCAGCAGCAACGGUAGAAGCAGCAGCAGUCGGUCUCAGCAUUGGCCAUAGCAGUCCACGCAGUCAAUUAAUUGUUACUCACGAAUAUGAGUACGCUGGCAGCGGCAGCGGCAACGCCGCCGUCGUCGUCACUGGCAGCAAUGGGCAAUUGGUGGCAGCGGCAGGGACAGCGGGGCGCAGCAGCGAAGGCCGCAGCAUCGUUUCGGAGGAUGAAAAUUCCUCCACAAACUUCAACUCCAAAUCCAACUCCUACCCCCAACCACAACCACAACAACAACAACAACAAGUAGCGACAGGCAGAGCAACAACAAUAACAACAGCUGCAAAUGCAACAAGUGCAACAAAAUUAACUGGCGCUGGCCGCUUCGAUGGCUCCACCUUUGUGCUGUUGGCGUCGAGCACGUCGCCGUUGCAGGUUCAGGUGCCGGUCACGGGCACGGGCACGGGCACGGUCACGGCUACGGCGACGACCGCGCCCCAGCUGAAGCACAAGCUGCCAGCCGGCGUUGCCAGCGCUGCCUCCGAGUUACCGUGCAAGUAUUUCGUGUUGGCGGACGCCAAAGGCGCCUGCCCAACCUCGCAAGGGUCAGUAGCCGGAUCCGCAGCCACAGUUGGAGCUGGCAUCUCAGCGGCCACAACGAGCGCCAAUAAAAUCUCUGGCGAUAGCGCAUUGGCCCCCUUCCAGGCGCAGUCACGCCAAAUGCCCAAAUCGCAAUUAACGCUUACCCCGCCCCCGGUGGCCACUCGGCGUGUGUUUGAGCCGCAUGCCAGAAUCCGCUCGCAUUCAAUGUCCUCCCAUAAAUUUUCAGCGCAAUCCCAUGGCGCACUCAUCGGCUCCGAGGAUGCGCACAUGAGCUACGGUGGCGCUGGACGAGCCGUAAACGCCACAGCCGUCACCUCGUAUCGACAGAUUCUCAAUGCCCAGCAGCAGCAGCAUCACCAUCAUCAGCAGCAUCAGGCAUCGGGCGUAUCCGUCUCGAGCUCGGCGCCAGUGACGGGAUCUCAGCUGACCGGCCACGGCGGUCGCAGGCGUACCAUCAGCUCUAAUAGCAAUGGGGCUGGCACGCGCGAGGUGCACAACAAGCUGGAGAAGAAUCGGCGGGCCCACCUCAAGGGCUGUUACGAGGUGCUCAAGAACGAGCUGCCGCUCAAGGAGGAGGAUCGCAAAAAGACAUCCAAUUUGAUAAUACUCGACAAGGCGCACAAAUAUGUCUUGCAACUGUCAAAAUACGAACGGGAUCAGGAGGUAGAGAUGGAGCACUUGGCCAAACAAAAGUUUGAGCUGCAGAAACGCCUCAACAGCCUGAAACGCCCCACGGAUCAGAGCAUUCCACUCAGCGACAAAGAUGUCAAUGAAGCCGUUUGCCUGGCAACCACAUCGUCGUCAUCAUCAUCAGCGUCGUUGUCGUCGUUAUCUCCAUCAUCAGUAGCCGGAGCAGCCCCACCCAUUCUGUUUGAUGGCACCACCGCGCCCGUCUGUGCCGUUGUUUUGCAAACGGCUGUGGCAACAACGGCCAUGUCACCUGUGAUAAGCAAGAGCAACGCGAACAGCAGCAAACACAACAACAACAACAACAACAGCAACAGCAACAACAAUGUUACCUCUGCCGCUGCAGUCAACUAUGCACAGAAUCCGAAUCAGCAUCAGAGCCCAUUACUGAAUCCCGAUGCCGCUGCAGCUGCUGUUGCUAUGAACCUGCUCAAGAACAGCAGCAGCAAUAAUAACAACAACAACAACAACAACAACCGCUCACCAACAAUAGCAUUGUCGACGUCGCUGCAGAGCAGCCCAGCGGGCAGUCCAAAUGUGACUGGGGCAACGUUAACGACACGCGGCUCCCCAACGCCGUCAACGCCAUCGCCCUCGCCGAGCUCCACGUCCAGCGGUGUCUCGUCGUCGGCCUCGUUCAUUGGCUCCUCGUCGUCAUCGUCGUCCUCAUCCUCGUCGUCAUCAUCGUCCUCGUCCAGCUCAUCAUCAUCGUCGACGGGGUCAACCUCCUCAUCGGCCAGCUCCUCGCCGCCGAUGAUAACGCAGGCGCAGACGCAGGCGACGACGCAUUUGCUAAGCGCCAAACGCCAUGUCGGCGCUGGCGGUGCGCUCAAUGGUGGCGCCACCAUUGUGGCAACAACGCCCAACGCGGCCGCAGCAGCAAACGGCCAUUCCGCUGGCUUUCAUCAGACGGACAAGGAUCGCAAUUACAACUUCUUGAUGCGCAGCGGCACUGCGGCGCAAUAGAUUGCAACAACUAAUGAGGCAACAACAACAAUAAAUUAAUUUUUUUUUAAAAUCAACUAAAACAACAACAACAACUGAAUUGUGUGCAACAGCUCCCACCUUACUAAAAACAAAAACAAACACAACAACAACAACAACAACAACAACGAACAAACGUCUUGUACUCAACUCUCUGUUUCUUCGAUUUCUGUUAUACAAACAACAAUCGCACACAGCAGCAGCAGCAGCAGCAGCAGCAACAGCAGCAACAACAAAAACAUAACAGUUCCGCCCAACAUUUAAGCAUCGAUUUUGAAAAUCAAAACAAAAAUGAAACACAAAGAAAAAUACAUAU